AUGACGUUCGACACCGGCGCCGCUGCCGCGGCCUUCCAGCUCGAGCAGGAGGGCGAGCACACCGAGGCCGACGGCGGCUCAUACCGCACAGCCACCGGCGAGAUCGUACAGGACGAGGGCGGCGGCGGCAUCAAAGGAGUGUCGGAGUACGGCGAGAGUAUGUUCCUGAAGGGCAGGCGCGCGAGCAUCGGCAAGCCGCUCCUGUCCGCCUCGGCCACUGCCGCCAAGGGCCACUUCACGCGGGUCGGAGCCUUCAGCGGCUACAUCCUGAGGGAGAGCGAGCUCGCGCAGAAGAUCCGCCAGAUGAUCGACCAGUGUGUGGCCGAGGGCAACGAGGGCAUCGCGCCGCUGCACUUGCAGAACGGAGUCUACAAGAUGGACGUGCUGAUGGACCAACCUGCGGGCAGCGGUCCCGUGGGGGGCGCGAGCGCCUCGGAGCCGCCGGAGUCGCCGGCACUGAAGUACGAGAAGGGAUCGGAGACGGCGAAGAUUAUGACGGUAAUCCUCAGGAGGUUGCGCCAGCGAAAGCGCAGGGACGAAAGCGACUACCUACUCGAUCUGAAGCUGAUCAACGCGAGGCUACAGGUCACCGCAUUUCGAGAUUGGUGCGAAGUUUGUUGUGCAGCUCGAGGGCUUGGCCAACCUCAUGAACGACAAGCUGAAGCUCGUGAAGGUGCAAAUCCAGCUGUGGCCAUCGACUUUGCGUUCAUGGGCGAGAAGACCGGCGGGGAGGACGAGGGCCAGGAGGACAACUUCCCGAUGCUGGUGGCCAGAGAUUCCAAGACGAAGCUGCCCUACUCGACAGCGAUCCCGGGCAAGAAGGUCACCACUUUCAUGAUCAAGAUUCUGAUGAGCUUCACCCUGUACCUCGGCCACCGCAGGCUGGUCUUCCAGAGCGACGGGGAGCCCGCGAUCGCGGCGCUCAAGACGGCGGUCGCGGUGGCGACGCCGACGGUGGAGUUCCUGCCUCGAGAACCGCCAGCAGGAGAGCACCAGAGCAACGGAGGCAUCGAGGUUACCGUGCGAGAGGUCAAAAGGCAGGUCAGGGCGAACAGGUACGCGCUGGAGGCCAAGCUCGGCAGGAAGGUGGAUGAUGACCACCCGAUCUUGAAAGGGCUACCCCAGUACGCCGCGGCCUGCAUUGGCCAGCGCCGACGCGGAACCGACGGCCUCACUGGAGAACAGCGGCGCUCAGGCCGCGAAUGCAAGAAGCUGGGAGCAGAGUUCGGCGAGCGGCUGAUGCACAGGCCGCUCGCGCCAGGAGGUCGCAGGAGUACAAUGGAGGAGCGCGUGAAGUCCGGGAGCUUCCUGGGCUACCACAUGCGGACGGGGGCCCUGCUCGUCAUGACGGUUGACAGUGCGGAGAAGGCCCAAGGCUUCAAGAAAUUACCGAAGGAGCAGGCCUGGGACGGCAAGGACUGGGCAGCUCUUCGAGGAGUUCCCUGGGCGACUCGCCCGGAGAAGGAGGCGCCCGCUCUGGCGAGAGCGACGGCGGUGGCUACCGUUCGGAUGGAGCCACGAGCCCCGCGAGCGAGGUACGUCCUGCGCCGCGACAUCGAGAAGCGCGGUGCCACUGCGGGCUGCCCGGGAUGCUUGGAGCUGACGCAGAAGGGCAAGAUCACGAAUUCCACAGCGACGAGUGUGUUCGAGGUCAGGAAGCAGCUGGAGGAGACCAACCUGCCCUGCCGCCGCCCGCUGGAGACGGCGAUCGAGCUCCUGCCCCAGAGCCGAGGGACACCGAGAUGGCGGCGGUGCCGGCCGGAGGCGGUGGAAGCGAACCGAGCGCUGCCAGGAAGCGCCGAGGAGACGCGCCCGACCUUGGACGAGCUACCCGGGCACGAGGACGAGGCGCAGAUGAACCUGGGGGGCCUGGUCGACACAGCGAUGCCCCAGGCAGCGUCGUCAAGUUCAGCAUCGGCAUCGGCUUCGAGACCGAGCCGGGCUCCAGAUGGAUCGAUGGACGUCGACUUCCUGGAGCGGAUCAACGGCCACGACAAAGGCCACACGUUUGUCAUGAUUUACGAGCUGGUGGCGUUCGAGAUGCGGGCGAACGCCAACGUGAACGACGCAGAGCAGGCGGGGGAGAUCGCGCCACUUCUUACCGAGAUGUGCGCAGUGGACACUGCGGAGGUUCAUUCGCCGAGAAGGUUUGCAGAGAUGACGUUCAGGUAUGGUCUCACGCGCGGCCUGGCAGUGGAUAUCGACGCUGGUUGGGAUCUGCUGUUGCCCGAGCAACGAAAGGAGUGCAAGAAGCAGCUGAAGGACGAAGACCCGCUGCUGACGAUCACCAGCCCCCCGCGCACGCCAGUCAGCAGCUUGCGUGCGCUCUCGGACUCAAAGCGAGACCCGAAGAUCGCGGAGGCGGAGAUCCUGGAAGGCGAGACGCACCUCAACUUCAGCAUGGAGAUCUGCAAGGCGAUCGACUCCAACGGAAAGUUGGGCUUCGUUCGGAAGGAGACCGGGUGGCUCACUAACGGCGAGCUGCUCGCCGAGAUCCUCAAAGGACCACACCCACAUGAAGAAGAUACUGACGUGUUCGCUGAGUACCAAGAUUACUUCAUCGACGAUCUCACGGGCGAGAUUCUGGACUCCGAGGGCGUGCGAGCCGCGAGGCAAGAAGAACUGGAUUGGUGCCGCGGGAGGCAGGUAUGGAAAAAGGUAAGUAGACGCGAGAUGCUCGAGAACGGCAAGAAGACAGCGACCCUGAAGUGGAUCGACACGAACAAGGGCGACCGAACUCAACCACGGUAUUGCUCGAGGCUGGUCGCGAGGGAGAUUAAGAAAGCUAUGAGGUCCGAAGAUCGACCAGAUCAAGCUGAACUAUUCUCGGCCAUGCCCCCGCUGGAAGCGUUCAUGGCGAUGGUGACCAUCUUCGUUGGCCGCGUGAACGACGCCUACCACGACGGCGACACAGAGGAUAUCAUUUACAAGUUUUACGACAUCUCGAGGGCGCACUUCUAUGGAGAUGCGAAUCGCGAGGUGUAUGUGGAGUUACCCGAGGAGGAGACCUACGACGAUCCGGAGCCCAUGAAGGGCGUCUCGAACCCAGCGCUGCUGUGCCACGCCGAGCGUCAUAUGCAAGCGGAGGUCCACGGCGACGACUUUGGCGUGAUUGUGCGCAAGUCCCAGGAGGGGUGGUUCGACGACGCGCUUUCGCGCUACGACUCUAAGGCCACGGGUAUUCUGAGCAGCAGGCCCCUGCAGGAGCAGAGCGUGGUCUAUCUCAACCGGGCGCUGAUCUGGAGCCCCUCCGAGCGCUCGGCCUACCUCGAAGCGGACACCAGGCGCGUGAAGAAGGUGAUCAGGGACUUGGGCAUGGAAAACGCGAAGGAGGUGACUGCCCCGGCUCUGGACGACGAGAAGGCGAAGACCUACCGCAGCGUGGCAAUUCGGAUCAUGUGCCUGAGCCUGGACCGGCCCGACAUCAGCUACAGCGCGAGCACGCAGGCUAGACGCACGAAGGAGCCGAAGGAAACCCACAUGGAGGAUUUGAAGCGCAUCGGCCGCAACCUGAAGAAGUGCCCCGCUGGAAGGUUGCUGUUUCCCGCUCAGAGGCUGCCUAGCAAGAUUUGCGUUUACUGCGACAGCGACUGCGCGGGUCUAUAUGCACUACUGCGUGGAGUCUGCCACGGUUUUGGAGUACAGGCCACCUCGGCCGUCCUCGGAGUCGAGGUUGACUACGACAUGGAGCUUUACAUCUUCAGCGAUAGCUCAGCCGCGAGAGGACUUGCCAGCCGACAGGGACUGGGAGCUGUUCGACACUUGGAUGUUCGAUUUCUGUGGCUGCAGGAACGUAUUCAGAGUAAAAGGCUGUUGCUGAAGACGGUCGAUGGGCACUGGGCCCCGGCGGACCUGUUCACGAAGGCCUUCGACCAAGACACGAUGGAGCGGUUGAUGAAGCUGAUCUGCUUCACGCUGAAGUUCGACGGUAGCGCGAGGCACCGCGUGCUGUGA